AUAAACCAUGUGCUCUCCUGCACGCCUGACAGUGAUAAAGUAGAACUGGUGUGCCUUUUUAAAGACAAAAGAAAGUGAGGCAGACUCUACCACAGGGCUCUAAUUGGACACAAAGAGAGAAGAAGAGGAAAACAUAGUUAGAAUUCAAACUAAAACUACAAAAGGUGUAAUCAGGAAGACAAACGGAGAAUAUCAACAUGGAUGUUAAGACCGAGAACUCCUCAAAUGGCUUCACACCAGAGAUCAACUUGGAGAAGUUACACAAGAUGGCUGCAGAGGUGAUACUGCUGGGGAAAUUCAUCCUCCGACUCCUGGAUGCUGCCCUGGUGUUUGUAACCAACGUACUGGCCAGGUUUUUAGGAAGCAAGCUGGUCAGACGGCAUUUCCACCUGAUGCUGUCUGCUUUGGUUCUGUUUGGUCCCGUGCUGAGUUUCUGGGUGUCAAAGUACAGCAUCUUCGCUAACAGCAACCACUACCUGUACAGGAAGUUCCUCAAGUCCACUUGGGGUUGGACCUGCAUCUUCACAGCUUCCUUCAUGCUUCUCCUCUCCCUCUCAGCCCGUCACCCCCCCUCUCUCCUCCUCCGCCACCUCUCCCGGAUAGGGGUGGCGGGGUUGCUGUGGUGGGGCUGUCGGGGUCUCCUGACCCUGCUUGAGGAUGCCGCAGGAAACUGUUACGAACCUGUGAUCCCUGCCCAGGAUAUCCAAGGCACCGCCUCCUCGCUACAGCCCCUGCUGCUCCUGCACGAAGACCAGACCAAGGCCUCCUGCCUCAGAGACAACAUGGUGUGGAGAGGUUACGAAGUAUCCCAGGACGUCCUCAUCAUCUGCUUGUGUUGCCUGCUGCUUGUGGAGGAAAUGCCUGUCUUUGGUCUUUACCUGGCCCAAGCAAAGCCUCUGCCGCGGUCCCAUGAUGCCCCUUUAAGGUUCAUCUUCCUCCUGUGUGUGGUUCUACUUGCCUUGUGGAUGUUCUUGCUGCUGUGUUUGCUUGCACACUUCCCCAAGUUCCCCUCGCAGCAUCUAGGAGGAGCUCUGGGCUACCUGGGAUGGAGAGGACUCUAUCAGGGAUGGUACAGACUCACACCGAGUUGGGGCUGUCCUGGUUUGCCGGGAGAGGGACUUAUUACCACCACGUACAAGGACACACAGCCUCAGUAGUGUGAAACCCUCAGCAGAUUUUGGGGAUGUGGUUGUGAUCUUGAAAGCUUUAGGCUCAAGUUUUGGAAAGUGAAAAUGGCUUCUCAUUAGGGUUGUGAAGAUAAUCUAUAUACAGUAUAUCAUCUGUAAAAACCCUUUGACAACACCACUACAACUUUAAAUUCUCAUUUGGACAAAAGAAGAGUAGACAGAAGUAUCGGA